GUGGUUCUCUUCACUUCCUGUAAAAACUAUGCUCAACAGAAACAGCUACAUGUGAAACACAGGCACGAAAAAAAACCCGGCACUAUUUCAGAAGAGUGAGAAAAUGGAUGACUUAUCAACAACCUCAUGAAGCGCUCUCCCCACUGAAUGAGAUGGCCCAGUAGGCUUGAGGUGACAUAACAGCCAGGGGAGCUGCCAUGGACGCCCUGGCCAUCAGUGGAUUCCAACUCUCGCCGGAGAAACACUUUGACCGAAUAUUGGACAUCAGAGCAGAGAAGCGUGAGUACCUGCGAGGACGUAACAAUGUGACUUCAUGCCGCAGCCCUCCCAGAGACAGUACCACCUGGCAGAUAAAGAAAGAACUGAAAGAGAAGAGGCAGUUGGAGUUUCUGAGGAGGAGAUCGGUGAGCCCAGUGUGGCGUGAAGGCUCAUCGAGAAGAAAUUCUCCCUCACAGAUAUUUUCAAUGAAGUAUUACAGUUCAAGCUCAACAAACACCGAGAAUGCUAAAGGAUAUCCGCCCAUGGUUUUGACACCAAACAGCAGCAUAAGCAGUGAUCCAAGCACCAGCACAUGGGCCUCACUGUGGUCAGAACAGAUAACAGUGAUGAAGCAGGACAAAAGUCAUGCAAAGAAGCAAUCACCUACCUCCACGCCAUCUGUGAAGGAAUCAGAGCAGCACAGGGUGAAAAGUAUUCAUAAAAAGGACACGAGUGUAAACGCACAAAAGACAACGACAAAAACACUCAUCAAAACAGAGAAGAUUUACCAGAAAUCAUCUGUACAAACUGAAAGCAUUCUUCAGAAAAAGAUACUGAGAGAGACCGGCGUGCAGACAGAGUCCGGACUCAUCACCGUUAAAGAAUCAGAUAUUCAGAAAUUAGCUGACUACCUACAGGAGGCUCUGUGGAGAGAAGAUGUGAUGAAGAAGAAGCUGGCUGAACUCCAGGAGAGCACGACAAACCUCGUGAACUCAUCCAACAAAAUAUGGACAUCUCGCUGCAGUGAAGAUCUGCUGAGAAACAAGAUCAAGGCUUUGGAGGCGCAGCUGCAAGCUUGUCUGCAGAAGUUUCCAAAAGAUGGUGUAAAGAAGCUGGUGGUACAGAUGGAAAAGCAGAGGAUGGUAUAUGAAGAGAAGGCCUUGAUUGCCCUGCAGAAGGCCACACAGGAGAAAACUGAGGCCCUCAGCAAGGCUGAGACUCUGCAGGAAGCGCUAAUUACAGCAAAGGCAGAGGCCCUGAAGUGGCAAAGCCUUCAUGAGGAGCUGAAGCUGAGCUCUGGAAAACUCAGGGAGAGCCAGCACCUCAGUAAUGAACAGCUGCAACAGCUGCACAGCCAAGUGGAGCUGUGCAGAGCCAGAGAGCGUGAGCUGAGAGAUGAGAUGCUUUCAUUGAGACAAGAAAAGCAGGACCUACAGUACAACAUUUGUCUGCUGGAGGAAGACAACCAGACCCUAAGAGAAGAAAUCCAGCAGCUCAGAGAUGGCGAAGAGGAGAGUCAAGACUUCAUGAUGCAGGAGUGUCUGGCGUCACCUGAACCUCGGCUGACGGUGAGGAGAGACUCUCAGCUGGAGGACCAGCUCCGCCACACUCAGGAGAAACUCCAGCUCAAAGAGAGAGAGUGCGAGGAGCUGCAGGCAGAGCUGCACACCAUGGAGCAGGAGUGUCAGUCCAGCCAGGCCCGGCUGUCGCAGUGCAGAAACGAACUCCGGCAGCUCAGCCACCGCCGCAGGGGACCAACACCGUGUGGAUCCUGGUGGAAGCUGUGCUUGUUCUUCCUUUUACUCCUCGCUGUAGCAGGGGUCGUAAUGCUGUGGCUGUGGCAUCCGCCUUUCAGGGAGCAAGUUGAGGACCUGUACUCAGACAUAGAGACACGUAUUGAAGAUUAUCUCAUGAAAAUGGCCUCUCCUCGACACUCGGGCUGCUUCAGACCAAUAUGACAUUGCUCCAAAUCUUGUUUUUUGUUGACGUUUUGUUGCUUUAUGUCAAAAUUAGAUUUAUAUAGAAUGUAGUUUGUUGACAUUUUUGUAUUUAAAAACUCUUUGGACUUGGAACUCGGUGUUUGCGUGAUGUUUGUGAGGUUGCGUCGGGUUGGUGUUGGGGACAAGUGAGCAAAAAGUUCCAGUACGAGUAAAGAAACUCGGCAAUGCUUGUUUUAAAUUUGCCCAAACUGUUGGAAAAUGUUGAUGGCAUUUUAAGAAACUGUGAGUUUAACUAUGAGAACAGCG